UGUUCGUCAGUCACAGAUUUGGUGUCGAUAGAUAGAUAGCGUAGAACAAAGAGUCAGCAAGCCCAGCGAGUACAUUACAAAACCAAAGAAUAAAAAAAAACCAGCGAUUGCAUACCAUCGGCGAAUAUAAAAAGUCGCAGUCAAAUUAAAUAAUUCAUUCAUUCAUCGUCAAGUCGCAGGCAAGAAAGAAAGAAGUAAAAAAAUGUGUGCCACCAGAGCUGUUCUUAUUCUAUUGUUUGCUGUUGUCGCAUGUGCUGUGGCCAUUCCGGCCGCUGUGCCAGAACCAGCAUCGCCAGUUGGAGCACCACUUGGUGGACUUGAACCACGUGGUUUGGAGAAGCGUCAAAUUGAUGGACUCGAAGCCGGAGCGGGACCAGAACAAUCACAAGAUUUGAAAGGAUCAUCAUCGUACGGCUAUGGAUUCUAUGGAGGUUACUAUCCAUACUACCGACCAUACUAUGGUGGAUGGGGCUACCCAUACUACGGCGGAUACGGAUACCCAUACUACUACCGUUCCUACUAUCCCUACCGUUCAUAUGGGUACGGAUAUGGUGGCUUUUGGUAAAUAAUAUUUGGAUUCUUUCACACGGAACGAGCUUUCUAAAUAAUCAACUCAAUCAUUGCAUUCAUCUCCCCCUGAUGUUUUCUCAGCUUUAGAUGUUCACAUUAUUUUGACUUUUCC